AUUUUAAACUGCGAGGAACUGAGUGGAAAAUAAUAGAGGGAAACGCAGGCUGGUGCUGAGGACAGGAGGGGGAGACAGAGACGCAGGACGGGGCUCCCGAGCCUCUGGACUGGAUGGGUGGCACAGAACUACUAAUGGAAGACUGCUGGCACCGCAAAAAACGAACCAGAGCCCUAACUUGUUGGAAUAACCCCGCCCCUCCACUGGCAUGUCCCCUGAGUAUCUCUGCUGUCUCCCCACCGCAGCUGAAAAACAGCUGGUACAGAUUCUUCACAGACAGCAGUCAGGCCUCUUAAGACUUGGCCCUGUCUUUGCAAGCCGGCUGUUGAUUGGUCCACGGAGAGGCCUGCUCUGUAGCAGCUGCCGUCAUCCUAUCAAACGUGCUGGGGAUGCUGACUGUGGCUGAUCCCUCGAUCCUCUCCUGCUAAUGGACUGCGGUCUGCAUGGGCUGUGUUUGAAUAGAUGAGACAGAUGGAUGCUGAAGAUCCGGGGCUGAGAUGAGAUAAGCGUCCUCUCUGUCUCCGCCGAGCUGCUGCAACGCCGAGCACGCAGGAAAAGACGUUGUCACUUUGUAGCCCAAAACUCCGGCAUACAAGGAAUACACUGUUUAUGACAGUGAGCUGUAUUACCCGAAAGGUUUGCCUUAUCUUUAUACAUAAUCGCCACCUCGAUAAUGGUCCCGACGCUGCUCUCCAGAGGUGAUGUGAGUUGAACUCGCGGGGAAGCCGCAGAGGAGCUGUCCGUCUGUCGAGGUGCUGAUGCGGCUGUGACAGAAGCGAGCAUGGCUGCCGGGAAGUUACUGCUCUACGCCGGGCUCUCUCUUUCUCUCUGCGCCCUGGGCAUGCUGGCUGUGGCGAUGUGCUCCGACCACUGGUACGAGACUGACGCCAGGAGGUACAGGGAGCGGUGCCGAAGCUUUUCCAGCCGCCGCAAGGACCCGGGAUUCAUCUACAUCCCCAACAACAGCCUGCCGCUGCGGGCCAGCCGGAGCAGCCUGCCCCGCUGGGAGGAGAAGCUGCUGCUGGCCCGGAACCGGCGGCAGCUGUUCGCCAUGAGCGCCGCGGAUGAGUGUAGCAGGCAGUAUAACUCAACUAACAUGGGGCUGUGGAGGAAAUGCCAUCGGUUGGGCUUCGACCAAGAAAUCGAAAACCUCAUCAAAGGUUCCAUUGAAAGGUGCUCCUACAUCAAGUAUCACUACUCCUCGGCUACGAUACCUAAAAACCUCUCCUUCAACAUCACCAAGACAAUAAGACAGGACGAGUGGCACUCCCUCCACUUGCGGCGGAUGACGGCAGGUUUCAUGGGCAUGGCGGUGGCCAUCAUCCUGUUCGGUUGGAUCAUUGGCGUGCUUGGCUGCUGCUGGGACAGAGGCCUCAUGCAGUAUGUGGCCGGCCUCCUCUUCCUCAUGGGAGGAACAUUCUGCAUCAUCUCCCUCUGCACCUGCGUUGCCGGCAUCAACUUUGAGCUUUCCCGUUAUCCACGGUACCUGUACGGCCUGCCUGACGACAUUGGCCAUGGCUACGGGUGGUCCAUGUUCUGCGCCUGGGGAGGCCUCGGCCUCACCCUCAUCGCUGGCUUCUUCUGCACCCUGGCUCCCUCUGUCCAGCCAAUUCCCCGAUCCACCUGCCCCAAGUCCCGACAGGAGAACGGCACCGUCUGCUAAAGCUGGCAGCCUUUAGACGACCAACUGAACCCACAGAAAACAGAAAAACUGUUCCAUGUCUUCGUCCAACCAUCAUCUCAUCUCAAGUCUUUCAUGGUUACAGAUUCUUUUUUUAUUUGUGUGUGUGUUUGAAAAUGGGUGUCUUGAUUGAUCUGCUAUCUUGAAAAAAACUGAAAAUCUAAAGAAAUAUUAUCAAAAAUUUGAAGUUGUGCUUGUUUUGUUGUUGUGGAGCAGACACCGAAUUGGACCUUGAGCAAGAAAGGUUUUGAAGGAAAAAUGUGGAGACACUGAAAGACUACAUUUUGGAUUGGUUACAGCAAAAGAGGGGCACUAAACCUCUAAAGGUGAUGGACAAUGGUGUUCAACCUGGGAACUUCUUCUAUAAACUGAUCUACUGUGAGCGUGGAGAACUCAAUGAAUCAGCCAUUUUGGAGGGAAACAGUCAGAUUGCCAAGUUUCUCUUGGACUUGUCCUUCUGGAGCCUCCUGUGGGAUAAUUCACAAGGGACCAGACAUGAAACCAUGUGACUUGCUGGGCUAGGAUCAUGUUUAGUGGUCAUCUGUUAACUUUAAGUAUUCCAGCAUCUGAGGUCUCACAAGUUACUUGGGACAUGCGGGCAGCGAGGAGAUCCAGGACCUCCACUGUUGUACAUUAUUGUACAGAAUAUUCCAGAGACAACCAGGAACUUGUCCUGUUGGACAAUUUUCAUUCUCGUGUAGGUGCAUUUCCUUCUGUCUGAUGAUCCCGUUUGCCAUUUAGCGUUUUCUACAUGCAUUCCUCAUUUAUUCAAAGUGUAUUUUCCUUUUUACUGAGCUCUUCAUGUUGUGAACGAACUGUCGACAGAGUGUACGUUCAGAGCAAAUGUUGUGUUUGUUUGAUUUUUUUCAUUCUAGUCAUAGAAGUAAAUGUGUGUGUAUGAGUGUGUGUAUGUGUGGGGAGGGGUUGUUUUGCAGUCUCUAUAGAAAAAAAGUUGUAAAAAAUGAUCAUAGUGACAAAGUGGAGCCCUGCCUUGGGGAUGUAUAAAGGCAGGAGCUUUGAUGAACAGAGCAACAUAAUGGAGAGAUGUAGUAUCCUGUUAAACCCAACUGACUUCUGCCUUGUCAUCUUUUCUGGAGAUUCGCUGCAUACAUGGCAGAUCAAGAAGAGUUUCUUUUAGAGGGGGACAGCAUGUUUAACUCUGUAGUCUGCUGCCGUGAGCAACUAUGGAAGGCUUAAGUAAUUGCAUCUGAUGAGAACACGCUCCGACUUUUCUUCCUGGGAAUCUGUGAAGCUCUGGUGUUUCUCUGAGCACACAGCUUCCCCUCCAGCUCUUAUAUUUUCUUUUACCAACAGCCAAGACCUGUCAGGGCUUCCUGCAGGGCAUCCUUUCUUUUAGAGGAGGGUAAACACAGAACAGUAUCAAAGUCCAGGGUUAAAAAGUGUUCACAUUACUCAGUCAAAAAAACAUCUAGACUGAGGAAGAAAAGCUUCUUCAAGGCCUCAGUCAGAAAUCAAAAUACACACUAGCAUGGAAUAAAUAUUGUUUAUGCACAAUAGGGAUGAUGAUCAUAAUGCAAUCAAUAGGCCAUUUAAACUCUCACCAGGACCAUCUGGCUUUGCAGGCUGUGACAAAAAGCACAGAUACGGACAUCCAGUCAUCCAACUAUACAAUACAAAAAGCAAACAUUGGAAAGUAGUGAGACCACAGUCAACGUGAUCGUCCAAUCCAACCAUCUAUUGAAAAGCACAGUAUAGCCAAUCUCAAAAACAAAACCUGAACUGGGAUCUGUUGAAGAAUAAUUCCAGUUAAUUACAACUUGGGUCUUGUUUUAUAGGCCUUCAUUUAUUUAUUUUUUUAAUAUUCUGGUUAUCUGGAGUGCUCCAAUAUUGUGGCAUAUAACGAUUCUGGUUAAGAUCAAGGAGUCUCAACCUUUUUUUUGGAUCUGGGGACUGUCAACAUCAGGCUUGCAGACCAGGGGGGUGCGGGAGUGAGAGAUGUAGUUAACCCAGGUUUACCUAUGUUUUAUGUGUUCAGCAACUACUGUCAGACACUGCCUUUAUUCUAAAUUGAGACAAAGUCAAAUCAUUUCCUGUCAAGAUUCAGUCGAGUGGACGACCCUUAAGCCUGUAUGCUUCAUCAGAACUGCUUGUCAAGAUGGUCAGACAGCCUCAGAAACCUACUGCUCCCGAACCCUUCCAAUGCUGGAACUUCGGGGGGCAGCAAUCUGACCAUUUCUGUAAUUUUCCAAAAACAACAAUCUGACAUCCAUACCCACUUAAAGUUAUCUUUUUUUAUGUAAUAAAGCUUUUUCUGUCA